AUGAUUUUAGCGCUACCUAAGACGCAGCAGCUUGUCUUCAAGCGAUUCACAGCCGAAAACUGCCGAGUAAAUCCCUGUUUGAAUGGCGGCAAGUGUAUACCUGGAAAGUUGAACUGCCAGUGCACACAAGGGUGGAUGGGACGCUUCUGUCACAGAAAAUGUCGAAACAUAUAUAAAAGCUGCGAACGAUGGGCUUUGGAAGACAAGUGCCACACCAUUUUGACCCAGACAAACUUUUUCGACGUGAAUUGCGCUCUCGCAUGCAAUCUUUGCACUCCUGAUCCGAACUAUAGUAUGUUUCACCGUUUUCUGUUCGGAAAAGAAUUGCCCACAGAAUCGACUCAUUUGAACGCCUACCUGAGAACAGGUUCAACUGUGUUUUCUUUUUCAGACGAACCAGAAACCCCUCUUCCACCAGCAUUAGAACCUCUUCAGUUUUUUGUUGGAAAAUGGUACUCACAGGCUGCGAAAGGACUGCGAUAUCCGACAGAUCUAUAUUCUAAUGAAUAUGAAGAAAUUCUUGAUAUUGCCCCAGCUAGCGUACCUAUGUUCGGACCACCUUCGCUUAACUUAACAAGUACAUCAUGGUUUGAGGAUGACACCAGAGUAAUGCACGGAUUCAUAACCCUACGACCAAAUUCAUUCCCUCCAGAAAUUGCUAUAUUGAGUACAAGUAAUGAAGGAUUGAACAUGAUCGAACUCGGAACACUGAAGCAUCACGUACUAACAUUAAACGUGUCUUAUAUGCAAGUUCAUCCAACUAUGGACAGCACAAUUCUACCAUUAGGGGCUACUCGACGAUUUCGAAGAGUGGGCCAGCUGUUGGAAAUGACUGUAGCAAAGCUAUUUCCGAAUAACAAGGUUUCACAGUUCAAAAAGAUGUUUAAGAAGUUAACAGAUUAUCCAAGUUAA